AUGUCUAGGACUGCCUCAGCUCAGUGGGAGCUUCAGCACCCACAGCCGUCCGCAAGCUGGGCUAACUCGGAGACAGUAGCAGGCUCAGAAAGAGAGAAACAUUCCGACGAGGAGAAGCAAACACGUCGUGAUUCAAGCUUGAAUGAAGUCGCGCCGGCAUCACCACCCACGCCUUCUGUUGUGCCUACACCUCCUCCACGGGAUAUACACGGCAUCAAGUGGGCUUUUGGCGUGGUCGCCAUUUUGUCAAGCGUGUUUCUGUUCGCGCUUGAUCAGACGAUUGUGGCAGAUGUGCAACCGAACAUCAUCAACGAGUUCGAUUCCAUUGAAAAGCUUCCAUGGCUCUCUGUGGCGUUCCUUCUAGGGUCCGCGAGUACAAACCUUUUCUGGGGACGUGCGUACGGUCAAUUCAACCCGAAAUGGAUAUACGUGCUCUGUGUUGCUGUGUUCGAGAUUGGGUCUGCUGUAUGUGGUGCCGCUCCUAACAUGGACGCGCUCAUCAUCGGGCGGGCGAUAGCUGGACUGGGCGGCGGAGGUAUGUAUCUCGGCGUCAUGAUGAUGCUGUCAAUCUUUACCACUCCGGUAGAGCGCCCGAAGUAUAUUGGGGUCAUUGGGGCAGUUUUCGGUAUAGGCACAGUACUCGGUCCUGUCAUUGGUGGCGCCUUUGCAGAUAAUAAAUCCGCAACGUGGAGAUGGGCCUUCUACAUCAACCUUUGCAUUGGAGGUGCUUUCUCUCCAGCAUACUUUUUUCUGCUCCCUUCCCGUGAUCUUCGACCAGGGGUGAGCUUUCUAGAAAGGCUGAGAGCCAUUGAUUGGGUGGGAAACACGUUCAUGGUUGGGGCCUACGUCUCGCUUCUCAUGGCCAUCUCUUUUGGCGGCGCAACUUUUGCCUGGAACAGCAGUCGCGAGAUAGCACUACUCUGUGUCUCGGGAGUUCUAUUUAUCAUUCUAGGGAUCCACCAGGUCUGGUCUAAUCCUCAGCAUAGGAUGUUCCCCGUGCACUUUCUGAAAAGAAAGGAUCUGGUGGUGCAAUUCCUGGUAGGGGCAGCUGCGGGAACUUCAUCCUUCGUGACCAUCUACUUCGUCCCGCUCUACUUUCAAUUUGUCCAACAUAGCUCAUCCUUGCUGGCUGGUGUACGGUUACUGCCGUUCAUCGGUGCGUUAGCGGUAUUCACUCUCCUGAACGGCCAUCUGAUGGUGCGGCUAGGAUACAGCAUUCCCUGGUACGCUGCCGGGUCUGCGCUUGUCAUUGCUGCCAAUGCCAUGCUGAUGCACAUUGACCUUCACACAUCCAAAGCUUUUAUCUACGGUGCUAUGGUUAUCAACGGCAUUGGUACAGGAAUGUACCUCAAUGCUCCUUUUGCACUCGCGCAGUUCCUGGUCAGUCCUAAAGAGAUCUCCAGCGCCGUUGGCUUCAUCAUGUGUGCGAGGGGUGGAGGACUUGCCAUUGCGUUAUCUAUUGGAAAUUCAAAUUUCUUGAACCUGGCACAGAGCAGAAUUCAAGAACUAUUCCCCUCGAUGGAUCAUACCCAAGUCCAAAGUCUGACCUCCGGGGUUGGGAGUAGACUCUUAGAGAGUCUGAGUCCGUCGGAACAGCAGCAGGUCUUGGGGGCGAUCGUGUAUGCAAUCAGUCGGGUGUUCAUCGAGUCCUUGGCCGCUGGCUGCUUUUGCUUUGUCCUGACUCUGUUUAUGGACCGGAAGAAGAUCAAGAUCAAUUGA